GGAUACCGGAUAAUUGAUCGGAAGAAAAUCCGGGACUGAAGGUUUCCUUAGUCAGAAUCAAAGAACGUCCUUCCAAUUCGAAGCGCAGUAACUAUAAAAUCUUAUCGAUUUCAUUGAGUACCACUCAAUGAGUAGUAUAGUUUGUCAGUCAUAUUUUUGUGCUUGAUAAAUACCAGUGUUCCAUUCAAGAUGGGUGGUGGAGAUUUGAAUAUGAAGAAAUCAUGGCAUCCUCAACGGCUGGACAACCAGGAGGAAGUGUGGAAGAGAGAGAUGAAAGAGAAGAAGGAACGCCAGAAGAUGGUCGAACUCAAGAGACAGUUGCAAGAAGAGAGAGAUCUUGAAGAGAUGAAGAAACGCGGGGAGGACAGUGGGACUUUGAAGAAGAAGAAAGAUCGAGUUGAUUGGAUGUACAACCAGCCCAAAGUUAACGAAGAAGACUAUUUGAUGGGUAAGAAAGUCGAUAAAGCCAUCGUGGAACACCAGCAAACAAAGGCCAAAGAAGCAGCUAGUGGCGGAGGGUCAGGUCUUAUUGUAGAUAUGGCUGCUAAAGUGAAGGAGGAUCCUCUCUUUGCUAUCAAAAAACAAGAAAUAAGUCACAAGAAAGCUCUUAUGAAUAACCCCAUUAGAAUGAAGCAACUCCAACAAAUGUUAAAAGCGCAAGUAGGUGCCAAGGAAAUGUCCAAGAAAAGUAAGAAGAGCAAGGCACCAAAGAAACACAAGAAAUCAAGGAGACAGUCAUCCACCGACAGUGAAAGCGAGAGUGAUUCUGAAAUAGAACAUAUCAGAAGGAAGAAGAAGAAAAAGAUGGAUAGAAGGAGAGACUCUAGUGAAUCAUCAGAUGAACCAAGGAGAGAUAGAAGGAAGGAAUCCAAGAGGAGCAAAGAAAAGAGACAUUUUGAUGUUAGUGAUUCGGAACAUGAACGAAGGAAAGAGAGAAGGAGGAGAGAGGAAAGGAACCAUGAACGAAGAAACUUUAAUGAUAGUGAUGCGGAAGAAGAAAGGAAAGGAGAUAGAAGGAAAAAGGAGAGGAGUAACCAGGAAAGAAUGAACUUUCAUGGCAGUGAUUCAGAGCAAGAGAGCAGGAGAGAUAGAAGGAAAAAUGAUAGGAAGAAUAAGGAUAGGAGAGACCUUCAUGAUAGGGAUUCAGAGCUGGAUCGGAGGAUAGAAAGAAGGAAGGAAGAGAGGAAGGGCAGAAGAAGAAGGGACUCCAGUGGUGAAUCAGAUGAUGUAAGAACAAAGAAAAGCUCUUCAUCUCGUCUUGAUGAACACAAAAAGAAAAUCCCUCCCGGUUAUGGACUGAUUGGGGGCCACAAGGCGCCAAGAAGGCAUAGAGAGAGUAGCAGUGAGAGUGACCAUACCCCCUCCAAGCAUCCCAGACACGGUGAUAGGGACAGAGGUCGGAGGUCACGGUCAAGGUCACCUAUCAAACAACGUAAACCAAAGAAAAUGGAUGCCGAGGAGCUGGAACGACGUCGAGCUGAAAUGAUGGACAAUGCUAAAUGGAGAGAUGAACAGAGAAAAGACAGAGUGUCUCGAUAUAAUGCUGAAGAGAGAGCAGAGACAGAAAUGGAGAAAAAGAAGACCAAAGAUGCCAAAUUUCUAGAGACAAUGCGGUUACCUAGCAACAGCUCCGUGGAAGAUCAGAUCAAGAGGAAUGUUUUCAGCAUCCAGCGAACCAAUGCAGCCUUGGACAAGAACUUUGCAAGAAGAUAACAGUACCGUCUUGCUUCAUCAUUGCUGAUAGCAGUACAGACAGCAUAGGGAUUUACAAAUUUGAUGACAAUGUAAAUUGAGAUAUUUGCUGACUACAACCAUUUAAUGAUAACAUUCCAUUCUUGUAGUGCAUAUCAAAGUUAUCAUCUGAUACCUAGUUCCCACUUUCACGAUUCGCGCCACGAUUGAAACCGUGGUCUAAAUCGUGGAGUAAUCUUAGUGAUAGUGUGAUAUCAUAUCAUAGUGAUAGUAUGAUAUCAUAUCAGGGGGGUGUUUCACAAAGAUUUAAGUAUGACUUAAGUCGCACAUUCAAUGCCGACGCGUACACGAUAUGCAACACGCGAUCUUAUUGAUAGAUACGCAGUAGUGCGCAUCCUCAUGACACGAUCUGACCAAUGCGGACAAGCCUUUCAUACCGUACACAACUCGGUAUUUAAGUGUGACUCUGAGUCAUACUUAAAUCUUUGUGAAACACCCCCCAGAUCGUAUAAGAUCAGCCGGGCGAUCUUAUUGAUCAUAGAAAAUUUGUGAAUGGUUAAAAAAUUUGCGCGAUCAGCUACGUAAAACAGUUGUGGCGUUUGUAACAGAUCAUAAGACAGUGGGAACGGGAUGUAACAUCUUGAUAUGCUUGCAUAGGACUUUGGAUAUCAUCAAGCUUGCUUUUAGCUGACAAGCCUUUUUUCAGGGCACAACAUUUCAAGGAAUUUAUUCUUGCCAGAUACUGCUUUACCCCUCGUAGGUUGCGCGUAGUAAAUGUAGAUUGAAGACUUGCGAAAGGUUGUUACAGGUGCGGCAGAGAUUUGAACCCAGAAUCUUGUAAUUUAACCAAGUAUAGACCGGGCUAGUUGAAAUUGCAUAGCUUGCAGGGGGGGGGGGGGGGCUUUUGCCUUUUUAGGGCUUUUUGGCCCCUCCCCAUCACACCUCACCCAUGAAGUAAUCUACAAAAUUGGAUACUGGCAUUUACUGUACCAAACUUCAAAUUUUUUUCAAAAUUCAUGCAAAUUAAUGCAUAAAAUCAUAAUUCAAAUGUAAAUCUUUAAAUAUUGCUCUAAAACUGCUAAAUUUCAAUUUUGGCCUGAGCAACAUUUAUAAGACUCUUAUCAAAUGUACAUUGAAAAAAAUGGCAAUAUCAAUUUUUUUCUUAUGUAUUUCACUGUUGUUAUUUUUUCUCAUGUAUAUAUUGUAUCUGUUUUUGGACCAAAUGUUAUUUACCGUUUCUUCAAUGGAAAUCGUUGGCGACACUAUUUCAGUUAUAGAUAUCUGGAAAUGAAUUGCUUUUAAUUUUUAAAGUAAAUUUAUCUCGAUUUCUGUCAGACCACCUCCAUUAAACUAAGAUCGAGGCACAGUGUAGCAGUGGGGAACAUUUCAUCAACAUUUUCACCCGACAAGUUGUCAGAUCUGACAACUUUCCUUGAUUCUGAUUGGCUGAGAAGCACUGUUACUAUGGUAACUGUCAGAUAAAACAGGGGAGUGUUUCAUCAACAUUUUUGUCUGACAAGUCAGAUCUGACAUCUUUCCUUGAUUCUGAUUGGCUGAGAGGCACUAUUACUAUAGUAACUGUCGGAUCAAAUGGGACUUGUCAGGGGGGCGUUUCAUCAAUAUUUUCGUCCGACAAGUUGUCAGAUCUGACAACUUUCCUGGAUUCUGAUUGGUUGAGAAGCACUGUUACUAUAGUAACUGUCGGAUAAAACAGGACUUGUCGGAUAAAACGUCCGACAAGUCCUUUCAUGAAACGCUCCCCAGAUAAAACGUCCGACAAGUCCUUUCAUGAAACGCUCCCCAGGACUUGUCAGAUCAAGUCCUUUCAUGAAAUGCUCCCCAGGACUUGUCAGAUCAAGUCCUUUCAUGAAACGCUCCCUGAAGAUCUCAUGGCAAAAGAUGUGACAUGCACAAGAAGAAUAUGUACUUGUAGGAAAAUUAAUACUGUCAAGUUUCUCUGCAUUGUCCUCCUUACCUAUUAUCAGACAAAAAUACUAAAAACAUGCUAUUAAACUUUGUUGGGCUGGACUUGGCCUUUUGUUAACAUUCUAGUAUACUGUCGUAAGAGUGUUCAAGGCAAAAAAACUAUUUUUAAAAACAUAUUUCUGUCAAAAUGUAUAUUCUGAUUCUGAUUUUCUUAUCUACAGAUUGGAGUGAAUAAAUGACUUUGAAACUGGAAA